CCCACGACUCAAGUCCCAAGCGCCACGUCAGGCCAAUCGACCGACGAAAUGACGUUCUUAAUGCUGUCUUUGUCUCCGCAUCUCUUCGCCGAAGAUCCCCAUGAUAUGAUCUCUUUUAGCGCGACCACAUCUUCGAUACGACGACCUGCCGGCAUGGCCACAUACGAGGGCUUACCUGACCUAGGGCCACUCGUACGGCCGAUCCUCGAGCAGCCCCGCGGGGCAGACGGGACCACCGACUUCAAAACGGCAGGAGCGGACUUAGAUUUCCGCGCCCCCAUCACCAACCACUUUGUCAUCCCGAGUAACACGUGGACCAUCGUGCAAAACAGUCCCAUCCACGACCCAUGGUUCAUACGACACCUGCGGUGCACGCGAGGCACGUACCAGCGCAUCUGCCAAAAUGUCGAAGUGCAUGACAGCGCAGUCACUGCCGACAAAAAAAAAGUAAGCGACUGCGGCGAGUGGGAAAGUCAAAAGCGGAGCGAGCGGCAGCGGCAGUGGCGAGCGAGAAGGUUAUCCAGCGAGACCUACGCAGCGAGAACAGCGACUUAA